AUGACCGUACAAAGUCUUGUUAAGAUGUUUGAAACCAUGGCCGUUUCGGCAAGAGUGGAUACAUCGAAACAAGUGCUGAAAUCAUCAUUGCCUGAACGAAGCAACGUUCUUCGACCGGCAACAUACUAUGAUGGACUGAUACAGACUGAAGAAUCUGUUGUGACCAAGAGUGUCCGUCAAGACAAGUCUGUCACGAUCAAGAAGGAGUUACAACAACCCAAGAUGAUGGUGCUACAGAUGGAGGAGAAAGAGCUAAAGGAGCAGAAAUACAUCCGUCAAGUACCACAUACCAGAUGUAGCCAAGCCCCUGUAACAAAGCUACUUAUGCACUGA